GGAAAGUGAAAAUAUCUUCAAGCGACAGUUGAAGUCGUCCAUGUACUGGUUGGUACUGAUUAAACAGCCAGCUAGAUAGUGCCAACAAGAUCAGAGUACUUGUUAGAUCGAGAGACCGACUUGUCUUCAGAUAAAAUCAACUUUAAAAAGGACAGCCAGUAUAAUGUUUUAUUCAAAUGCAUGGACUAAGUGCUUGAUAUGCCUUAUCUUUUUAACAAGUGGAAAUGCCGAGUGUUCCAAACCUCAAGUAGAGGGAAAUGUUGUUCUAACGAAUGAUGCGCUAUUAUUGAACGAUUUUCCGGAGGGGGAGGAAGCCACUUUUGAGUGUGCCAACGGCUACUUGAAAGAGCAAGGAUCUGAAAGAAUCACCUGCACCAGUGGAAAGUGGAGCACGCUCGAAUUAACCUGCAAAAAGAAGGACUGUGGUGCCCCCAGGAAGAUACCACAUUUGACAUAUGAGUUAAAGGAAGGCACGCUUUUUGGUGCAUCAGCAAGAGCAAUCUGUGAUAAAGGUUAUCAACUUAUGGGCCCAAGUUACAGGCAGUGUUAUACCACAGGUUGGAGUGGAAGACCAAGAUGUAAAGUGGUAACUUGUGAUAAACCUCCUGAGAUAAUGCAUGGCACGAUCAUAGAGAAGCCUGGCGAAGAGUUACCAGAGUAUGGUGGUGUCAUACAGUACUCCUGUAAUGAAGGUUACACCCUCAUUGGAAACAAAUCAAUUGAGUGCAUUGAAGAUGGUGAAUACAACUCAUUACCUCCUGAAUGUAAAGAUGUCAAUGACAUUCUUUUGAAACCAACAACUAUAUCAACAUCAUCAACAACAACAACAACAUCGACUGUUCCACCCACAAUACGAGAUGUCAAUGACAUUCUUUUGAAACCAACAAUUAUAUCAACAACAUCAACAACAACAACAACAUCGACUGUUCCACCCACAAUACGAGUUUCAGGGAGGAAUAAUGGCGUUGGGGAACAUGACACCAAUGCAGCUACUGAGAAUGCAGCAGUUGUGGGAAGUGGGAUUGGCACUGUCAUAGCAGUUACACUUAUUGUUCUGAUCACACGGUAUUGUAAGAGGAAAGGCUCGUACCAGUUUGGAGAAGACCGAAGUCGAACAGAAGAAUUAUUACAAUUUCAAACCGAGUGUCCCAAACCUCAAGUAGAGGGAAAUGUUGUUCUAACGAAUGAUGCGCUAUUAAUUGACGAUUUUCCGGAGGGGGAGGAAGCCACUUUUGAGUGUGCCAACGGCUACUUGAAAGAGCAAGGAUCUGAAAGAAUCACCUGCACGAGUGGAAAGUGGAGCACGCUCGAAUUAACCUGCAAAAAGAAGGACUGUGGUGCCCCCAGGAAGAUGCCACAUUUGACGUAUGAGUUUAAGGAAGGCACGCUUUUUGGUGCAUCAGCAAGAGCAAUCUGUGAUAAAGGUUAUCAACUUAUGGGCCCAAGUUACAGGCAGUGUUAUGCCACAGGUUGGAGUGGAAGACCAGGAUGUAAAGUGGUAACUUGCGAUAAACCUCCUGAGAUAAUGCAUGGCACGAUCAUAGAGAAGCCUGGCAAAGAGUUACCAGAGUAUGGUGGUGUCAUACAGUACUCCUGUAAUGAAGGUUACACCCUCAUUGGAAACAAAUCAAUUGAGUGCAUUGAAGAUGGUGAAUACAACUCAUUACCUCCUGAAUGUAAAGAUGUCAAUGACAUUCUUUUGAAACCAACAACUAUAUCAACAUCAUCAAUAACAACAACAUCGACUGUUCUACCCACAAUACGAGAUGUCAAUGACAUUCUUUUGAAACCAACAACUAUAUCAACAUCAUCAAUAACAACAACAUCGACUGUUCUACCCACAAUACGAGAUGUCAAUGACAUUCUUUUGAAACCAACAACUAUAUCAACAUCAUCAAUAACAACAACAUCGACUUCUCUACCCACAAUACGAGAUGUCAAUGACAUUCUUUUGAAACCAACAACUAUAUCAACAUCAUCAAUAACAACAACAUCGACUUCUCUACCCACAAUACGAGAUGUCAAUGACAUUCUUUUGAAACCAACAACUAUAUCAACAUCAUCAAUAACAACAACAUCGACUUCUCUACCCACAAUACGAGAUGUCAAUGACAUUCUUUUGAAACCAACAACUAUAUCAACAUCAUCAAUAACAACAACAUCGACUUCUCUACCCACAAUACGAGUUUCAGGGAGGAAUAAUGGCGUUGGGGAACAUGACACCAAUGCAGCUACUGAGAAUGCAGCAGUUGUGGGAAGUGGGAUUGGCACUGUCAUAGUUUCACUUAUUGUUAUUGUGCUGAUCAUACGGUAUUGUAAGAGGAAAGGCUCGUACCAGUUUGGAGAAGAACGAAGUCGAACAGAGGAAUUAUUACAAUUUCAAAAUAACUAAGUUGAAUGCCUACCCAAGGGCUAGGACUGCACCUAUCUGCUAGUCUGCAUCUGUAGCCUUGAAAAAUUGUGCCAGCGGAUUGUUUCUCUUUUAUUAAGUUGUUUUUGAAAGUCAGUUCAGCUGAAAUGUUUUAACACAAUGUUUGAAAACCGGCAUUGAAACAUUUUUUUUCUCUAUUUAUAUACAAAACUGAAAUAUAUGUAAUUGUUUUUUCAACUGCCAUAUUUGACUACAGGCUGCUAGCUUGAUCUGUUGUGUGGGCAGAAGCCCCUGUAAUGAGAUUAGUGCACUAAACAAAAUGUAUGAUUGAGGAAAUCCUCAGGCUGAUAAUCACUGACCAUUUCUAAAUGUGUGCUUACUGAUCGUGGCUCACAGGAAAAUAACAGUAAGAGACAAUUUCCUGAACCCAGGUUAAGCCUACAGCACUGUAUUCCUUUUCAAGUAGGCUUAAUCUGGGUCCAGGAAACCAGCUCUUCAUGUUAUUUUCCUGCAGUCCCAAAUGUCACAAAAUAACGUCAAUCUUAUUUACUUAGAGGCUUUGUACUUAGAUUUUAUAGUGUGUAUUUUGUGAUUUAAGAAAACAAAUAAUUUUCAUGA